AUGCGGCUCAUCAUGAUCGAGCACGAUUUCAGCGGCUGGGCGCCGGACGUCGUCCUCGUCGCGACGAGCACCAACGACAAUUACGCGGCGAAAAACGCCGAGAACAACUACGCGCUCGUCGCGGCGCGCGUCGAGGACUUCGUCAAAGACGUCGGGGAACGCGUCGCCGACUGCGCCGGCGGCACGCGCCCCGCGUUCGUCUUCUUCGAGGAAUCGCUCGCCGGCCUCGACGGAACGGUCGAGGGCGUGAACGACAUUCACCUCGCCCAGGGCGUCCACGAGCGCGUCGCCGAGGAGACGCUGAGCCCCGUGAUCUCGUGGCGCGACAUCAUGGAGCCGGUCUUCGGCAAGGGCGCGACGGCGGCGCGCGUCGACAAGGUCUGCAAAAACUCGACGCACUCGCUCUGCCCCGCGCCGCGCGGAAAUCAAACCUUCGACCCGACUUCAACGUGCGCGGAAUCGAAGGGCCUCGCGCUUGGCUGGCGCGGCGCGGGGUUGGAGAGGGAGGAGGGUCACGACGUUCACCCGCCGUUUCCCGUCCACGUGGCGUGGUCCAUCACGAUCGCGCGCGCGGUCGCUUCGCUGCUCGUCGACGCGUGCGCGACGCCGCCGCCGCUCGCGCGGGCGCCCGGCGCGCGCCGGCUAGCGCGAAAAAAGGCGGACACGUGCGUCGCGUGCUCCUUCUCGUGGAACGCAGACGCCCUGGAUCCGAGCAACUUCGCGGGCCACGAGGGUUGGAUCCUCGACGCGGACCACGACAAGCCGGGCUGGCGGACGACCGCGGCCGUCGAGGCCGGUCCCCUCACGACGGUCGGCUUCCCGUGGCCGUCGAAGAGCCGGACGAAACCCGAGCUGUCCGUCGCCUACAUGGUCUCCUACUCGGCGGCCUGGGGCGAAGCGACGAUCGAGCUCCUCGAGGGCGACAGCGACGGCCGCGCGUGGAUCGUGCGCGGCGCCGUCUUCGCCGACGCGCGCGGCACGGCGCACGUGUCCGUCUUCAACAUCGUCAAGCUGCCCCUGCCGGAGACACCACCGACACGGAAGACUGCGCUCGCCGCCGUCCGCAUCACGCUCAAAGAAAAGGGGGCCGUCUUCAAGGCGUGGCUCGCCGCGGAGAAUCUAAGCCUCGCCGAGGUGGCGGAGGAGGGCAUGGAGGAGUUCUUCGAGAAGUUUAUCCACAGCUUGGGGUACGAGACCGCAUCGAACCGGAAGCUCAUCGCGGCGCGGAUUCGACUCAAGUUGGGCGUCGCGGCGCCGGACGUCGACGAGGCGCCCCCGGCCGCCCCGCCGGCCCUGACGCCCCCGGCGCCCCCCGCGGCGCCCCGCGCGGAGAAGCGCGACGCGCCCGCGGCGCCGCCGGAGCCGCGGAAGAAGCCCAAGGCGGAGGUCAUCGACCUCGCGGCCGACGACGACGUCGACCUCGCGCGCGAGCGGCGCCGGUCCGGCGGCCAGGCGCCGGUCGCACCGGUCGCGGCCGACGACGACGUCGACCUCGCGGCGCUCGCGCGCGCGCGCGAACGGCGCCAGUCCGGCGGCCAGGCGCCGGCCGCGGCGCCGGCGGCCGCGGCGCCGGCGGCCGCGGCGGCCGCGGGCGGCCCGCUCGCCGUGGCCAUGGGCCCCGUGCUCAAGAGCAUGUACUCGAGCCCGCACGUGCGCGCCGCGGACCAGCUCAUCCGCGCGGAGACGUCCGCGCUCGACACGCCGCGCGCGACGUGGUACUGGGGCAUCGCGGGCUGGCUCCACGUCUCCGCGUCGGGCCAGGUCUCCGGCGGCGGCGACAAGACGCAGAUCUGCCACAGCCUCUGCGGCGACUUCAACAAGUCCGCCGCGCGCAUCGACGAGAAGAAGAGCGCCAACUACCGGGCCUACUCGACGCACGCGGCCGUCCCGGAUCGGCUCAAGCCCGUGGGCUCGUCCGAGUACACGCCCAUCGGCACGAGGCACGACUGGCUCUACGUGACGCCCGAGGAGAGCGCGCGCCGCGGCCGGACGUGCGAGAUGACCGUCGGCGGCAAGCGCGUGACGCUGCGCGACUUCCGCUGGGAGGAGGUCAAGACGCCCGCCUGCUGGCGCUACAGCUGGCGCGCGCGCUGCGACGAGGCGGCCUGGGCGACGAAGCUGCCGCCGGGGUCCUACGUCGUCGCCGCCGACCAGCGCGCCGUCCAGCUGUCGGGCAACGGGAAGCCCUACGUCACGCGCCUCGUGGGCCAGUUCUACCCGUGCCCGCGCGUCACGCAGCCGCCGGACAACGAGGAGGACGCGCGGCGCCACCUGGCGACGCUGCUCGCGCGCGGCGGCGGCGCGAGCGGCGGCAGCGACGACCUCCGCGAGUACGGCAUCGUCGGGACCGGCGGCGGCGGCCGCGUCCUCGGGGGCGGCGGCCGCGUCCUCGACGGCGGCGGCUCGCCCGGCGGCCUCGGCGCGGCGCCGGCGGCCGCCGCGGCGCCGCGGGCGCCCCCGCGGGCGGCGCCGGCGGCCGCCGCGCCCGCGUCGCCGACGGCGUACCCGGCCGGCGGCGGCGGCGCGGCGCUGUCCUGGGCCGCCCGGCUCACCGCGGCGGGCUGGGGCGGCGUCGACCUCGCGUCCCUGCCCGCGCCGGGCUCGGGCUUCCCGACGGAGGACAAGGUCAUGCGCUGCUUCGAGGCCUUCCCCGGCGGGCCCGGCGCCGUCCGCGCGGUGCUCGUCGGCAAGGCGCCCUACCCCAACGCGCAGCAGGCCCACGGCCUCGCGCUCUCCGCGCCCGACGGCGCCAAGAAGCCGCCGUGCGUCAACACGUGGCUCUACAACCACCUCAAGAGCGACCCCGACUGCGGCUUCGGCGGCCGCAGGCCGUCGUCCUGCGACCUCACGCCCUGGUCCCUGCGGGCCGGCGUGCUCCUCUUGAACUCGGCGCUCCAGGGCGCCGAGUCCAACGCGCCCCGCUGGCGGCGCUUCCUCCAGUCCGCGAUCCGCCGCAUCUGCGCCGCGGCCGACGCGCGCGGCACGCCGACGGCCUUCAUCUUCCUCGGCAAGGGCGCGCCCGCGGACCUCGCCUCCGCGGUCUCGGGCGCGAGCCGCGCCUGCGUCGUCCGCGCGCCGUUCCCGGGCCAGUUCACGCGCGACGAGUUCAACGACGCGCGGCCCUUCGCGACCGCGAACACCAUGCUCGCGGCCCACGGCGCGGCGCCGAUCCCCUGGAACGUGCUCCUGUCCUGA